CUUAAAUCGAAAAGCUCCGAUCACAACAUCAUCGCAGCACAGCUCCACCGCUCCCGGCGGCACCACCCACUGCCUAAGUCAGCUCGACUCAGUCUUCAUCUCCUCUUUCAAGGCAGAUCGAUCCACAGAUCAUAUCUCAUCUAGAGGCGGAAUAAAUCAUGAAUUCGAGCUACGGGAAAUCGAACAACAACAAAUCGGGCUCGGUAAACGCCUUCGAUUUCGAUCUCGGCCUCGGCUCGGGCCGUUCGGCGCCUAUGAAUGAUAAGAGGAACCAGACGCCGUCGUAUUCAUCAACUGCGUACGCAUAUUCGUCAGCUCAACCGAAACCGAAUACGGCGUCGUCCUGGACCCAUCAGCCCGUAUUGCCGGCUCAAUCGGGCCCGACGUCUAUGGUGGGAGACAUUUUUGGGAAGAGCUGGAACUCCCCCGCCCCUCCAAGUUCCAGUGCAUCCGUUGUUGGCAUUGUGAAUGGUAAGAACCCCAAUCUGUUUAGUGAUUUGGUGAACUCCGCAAUUGGCGGGAACAAGAGUAGCAGCAAUGUGCCUCUGAAAAACACAGCCCCUGUCACGAGCCAGAGUGCAUUCUCGAUGGGGAAUAUGGGGAAUUCGUUGCCAAAAACUACUUAUUCAGUCGGCGGGGCUGCAGGAACUAAUGUCGGUAGUAGUGGUGGAAAUGUGAACUAUGGAGGAAGUUAUGGCAGAAGUUCGAGUGUUGGUGGUAACAACGUGAAUUCGGGUGGUGGUAGCUUUCGAAAUUCAAAUAUUGGGGGUCCAUCAAUGAAAAGUAUGACAGGGGGUGGAGUUGGAGGUGUGGGGAUGGGUUCAAGUAAGGACCCUUUUGGAUCUUUGGUGGAUUUUUCGUCUAAGUCGUCUGCUGGUAUGAAGUCAGCAAAUAAAGCAACUGAGAAGAGUGGUUUUGGGGAUGAUUUGUUUGGUGGCUUUCAAAAUGCCACUUCGAAUUCAUCAGGUUCUGCCUUUCCCACAAGUAACAAUGAUCCAUUUGGGAAUUUUCAAAAUGCCACUUCAAAAACAAGCGGAGAUUCAUUUUCUUCCAAUGCCUUUUCCGCUAAUAACAGUGAUCCAUUGGGCGAUGCAUUUGCGAAUUUUCAGAAUGCCCCUUCAAAAACUGGUGGAUCCACAUUUUCAUCCAGUGCUUUUCCUACAAGUAACAAUGAUCCAUUAGGUGAUUUCGGGUUUUCUAGCAGUGUACCGACCAGUCAAAGUCAGCCUAAAACACAAUCCUCGGGAGCUAAUGGCUUUGAUGCUUUAUUUUCUUCGACUGCUGGUGGAGUAACAGGAGGGGCUGAAGGAUUUGCUACCCAGCAGUUCUCGGAGGGUGAUGAUUGGGGAAUGAAUGAAGAUUUUGCAGGAAAUGAUGCAGGGGGAACAACUGAGCUUGAAGGCCUUCCUCCUCCCCCUGCCGGUGUUUCUGCUUCGUCUGCAAAGAAUAAGGGUAUGGAUAAUUACAAGCAGGGCCAAUUUGCUGAUGCUAUAAAAUGGUUGUCUUGGGCCGUUGUUCUUCUUGAGAAGGCUGGUGAUGAUGGGACAGAGGAUGUGUUAGUCAACAGGGCUUCGUGCUACAAGGAAGUCGGAGAGUAUAAGAAGGCCGUAGCUGACUGUACAAAGGUGCUUGAACGUGAUGGCAAGAAUGUAUCUGUUCUAGUCCAGCGUGCUCUCCUUUAUGAGAGCAUGGAGAAAUACAAGCUUGGAGCUGAAGAUCUCAGAACUGUCAUGAAACUUGAUCCUGGUAAUAGGGUUGCAAGAAGCACCAUCCAUCGCCUCACAAAGAUGGCAGGAUAGAGUGCUUUUUGUUACAUCUCGUAUUUCGCUUUGUCACGGUAUUGGUCUUGUUUGGAAGGUAUGCGGGAGUUUUUAAACAACUGAUGAGUUUUCUUAUUUCGUUUUGCCCUCUGAAAAAACCAAACCUUGUAAACUUGUUGUUCCUAUUUCUUUUCAAGUUCAUAUUAUGUGAUAUUCUUUGUGUCUAA